AUGGCGGUCGAGAACAAUGGCACCGCUGAGAAGGAUAAUGACAACAAUGGCGAGGAAACCAAAUAUGAGCCUGUGGGCACAGUCUGUGACUUCCGCAAUAUGUACCAAACAAAGCCCGAUGAAGAUGGCGUGAGGUCCUGGACCAGAGAACUACCAUCCGAUUUGCCUGAGCCUGCUGAGGAUGCCGACUCGGCGCAAUACGCACUUCUAGUCCGAAAGGAGAAGUGCUACGAUGGACGCAAGAGCCUGUCUGUGCAUUCCAUUGUUGUGCAAAGUGACCAUCUUAAAGGCUUCCUGGGAAAGGUGCUGGACAACUAUCCUGGGGUGACGACGACCCUCGAUCGUCUCGAGUUCAUGGCGCCCUUCAAGCCUUUCGUGCACCGAUGGGAGGAAAUCGUCAAGUUUAGAAAUAUGGAGCAGGAUCCCACCACCAAGUCUCACGUGGAUCUAUUCUAUAGUAUCAUGGACGAGGAGCUCAAGGAUGUGAUCGAUCACAAAAAGGAUCUGAUUGCGAAUGGUGUCAUUACCUACCCACUAGCCUGGACAAUCAUGGAGCCUCAUGACGUGGUUAUCUCAUCGUUCGGAGGACUACUUCGUGCCCAUAAGUUCGAUGAGAUGUCUCUGACCAAGUGUGGAUGGAGUCUCUAUGCCGAGCAUGUCGACUUCGAUGGAAGUCGGUUUGGAUACAACAACGAAAACUUCAUGAUCCCCAUGUUCACCGGCACUGUUCCAAUAACCUCCUUGUCUGUGUUCCCCCUCAAGUACCACCCCGAGAAGGACUCGAUCCGAAAGUCCCUGGCAGCGCGUGGAAAGCGAUGGGAAGAGCACAAGGGAUACCACUUCAAGGCCUACAAUGGAACCGCCAUUAGUAGGGACUAUACCGAGGAUGACGAAAACUUAAGGGACACCAAGUAUCAUGUCAAGGGUCGCAUUAUCAUUGACGCUGAUGCGUAUAACAUCUUCCAUCCCACUGGGACGAUCAGCGUGGGCAGCAUCAUCGACGAAGAUAAACUGGACGAUGCGCAACGACUUAUCGCCACUCCAAUGGUCUACGGCUAUUCCCUCAAAGACAAAGAAUGGCUCAUCUUCUACCUGGACAGUUCCAGUGAAAUUGUAUGGGAUGAGCGAGCCUUCGAGUCUCUGGUCCUGCCGAAAGAACAGCAAGGUCUCAAGGAAGUCAUUCUAGGCGUUGCAAAAGCCCAGUCCAAGAAAUUGGAUUCUUUCGAUGAUGUCGUUCAAGGCAAGGGCCGCGGUAUCAUCAUGCAACUAGCGGGCCCUCCUGGUGUCGGCAAGACUCUUACCGCGGAGAGCGUUGCGGAGGUCAUGAAAGUCCCUCUUUAUGUGAUGAGCGCGGGUGACCUCGGAAUGGAUGCCAGCGAUGUUGAGCGUAAUCUCAAGCAGAUCUUGAAGGCCAUCCCUAGAUGGGGCGCUGUUCUAUUGCUUGACGAGGCUGAUGUUUUCAUGGAAGCUCGUGACGCAACUGAUCUUGCUCGCAAUGAGCUUGUGUCGAUUUUCUUGAGAAUGCUUGAAUACUACGAGGGAAUCCUCUUCUUGACCACCAAUCGUGCCCAGAAUAUUGACCCUGCUUUCGAAUCUCGGAUCCACAUUUCUCUCAACUACCAAGAGCUGGAUGUGGCUUCCAGACGCCAUAUCUGGAAGCAAUUCCUCAGCCGUUCAAGCAAGACCUUCACGGACGAGCAACUUGACCAGAUGGCAGAAGUUCGGCUAAACGGCCGCCAGAUCAAGAACAUUAUCAAGACAGCCGGCCUUCUGGCGUGGUCGAAAGAGGUUGAUCUUGGAUACGAGCAUUUGAAGAUUGUGCUAGCUUUGAGAGACUUGUAA